AUGGCGGAUGAAAGAGAACGCGCGCUGCAGAAUUAUCGGCGAAAGUUGCAAGAAACGCGGCUGUUGGAGUCGAAAUUGAAGAAUACGCGCCAGAAAGAGAAGGAUCUCCAAAAGGAGUACGAAAAGUCGGAAAAUGAUCUCAAGGCGCUCCAAUCGGUCGGCCAGAUUGUCGGCGAAGUGCUCAAACAACUGACGGACGAGAAGUUUAUCGUCAAAGCGACGAAUGGGCCACGCUACGUCGUCGGUUGCCGCCGACAAGUCGACAAGAACGAGCUCAAGGCUGGCACCAGAGUCGCCCUCGACAUGACUACAUUGACGAUUAUGCGUUACUUGCCCCGCGAAGUCGACCCGCUUGUCUACAACAUGUCCCACGAGGACCCAGGCAACAUUUCUUAUUCCGAAAUCGGUGGUCUCGGUGAACAGGUCCGCGAGCUUCGAGAAGUCAUCGAACUUCCCCUCAACAAUCCAGAACUCUUCCAGCGGGUCGGAAUUUCUCCUCCGAAAGGUUGCUUAUUGUACGGUCCUCCUGGAACUGGAAAAACUCUUCUUGCUCGUGCUGUGGCUAGUCAACUCGACGCUAAUUUCUUAAAGGUAGUAUCAUCUGCCAUCGUGGACAAGUACAUCGGUGAAUCUGCUCGUCUCAUCCGCGAAAUGUUCAACUACGCUCGCGACCAUCAACCCUGCAUUAUCUUUAUGGACGAAAUCGACGCUAUCGGUGGCAGACGUUUUUCAGAAGGAACCUCUGCUGAUCGUGAAAUCCAACGUACUCUCAUGGAAUUGCUGAAUCAAAUGGACGGCUUCGACGCGCUCGGACAGGUGAAAAUGAUCAUGGCGACGAACAGACCUGACACGCUCGAUCCUGCGCUUUUGCGACCUGGUCGAUUGGACAGAAAGAUUGAAAUCCCACUGCCAAAUGAGCAAGCACGACUUGACAUUUUGAAGAUUCACUCGCGUCCACUCGCUACUCACGGAGAAAUUGACUUCGAGGCGGUUGUCAAGCUCUCAGAUACAUUUAAUGGAGCUGAUUUGCGAAACGUUUGUACAGAAGCAGGUCUUUUUGCAAUUCGAUCCGAGCGAGACUUUAUUAACCAAGAAGAUAUGAUGAAAGCUGUACGAAAAGUCGCCGAGUCGAAGCGUCUGGAAUCGAAGUUGGACUACAAGCCCGUUUAA